CCGGCCAGCAACUUUGCCUUUGCUGCCCGCUGGAAUUUUCUACACAUGCCUUCACUCUCUCUCUCUCUUUCUCUCUCUGCCAGAACCCUACAUACAGAAGCUCCAUUUCCUCUCUGCUGCUCGUCAAACAUGGCGGCCACCGCUGGUAGCCCUGGCAUCUCCAUCCGAACACCACCCCCGCCACCGCCGAAACAUUCGAUUCGCCGCCGACGAACCCAGAAAGGGCUCCGACGUCCUCGUCGAAGCGCUCGAGCGCGGAGGCGUGACAGACGUCUUCGCCUAUCCCGGCGGCGCGUCCAUGGAGAUCCACCAAGCCCUGCUGCGCUCUCAACUCAUCCGCAACGUCCUCCCCCGCCACGAGCAAGGCGGCAUCUUCGUCGCCGAGGGUUACGCACGCGCCUCCGGCCUCCCCGGCGUCUGCAUCGCCCUCUCCGGCCCCGGCGCCACCCACCUAGUCAGCGGCCUCGCCGCCGCAAUGCUCGACAGUGUCCCCGUCGUGGCCAUCACUAGUCAAGUCCCCAGGCGCAUGAUCGGCAUUGAUAGAGAAAGAGCUGUGGAGAGCAGAGUGAAGAACAGAUCUACGAAAACAAUGGGGUGGUAUGGCCUUCUUGAUCUCGCCAACUGUGAAUGGAGGUUUCGAGUAAGGAACUCGCCGGAUAUCCAUGGGCAGUGUUAUGACAUGAAGGAACUUUUCAAAGUAGGAGAAAUCAGAAGCCGAGUAACCGACACAUCUUCCUCCGCCGAUCUCAGUAACAUCUUCUCCACUGCCAUUGUCCCACAUGGGUUUGACAGAGGAAGGAUCUGCAUUUUUUGA